AUGGACGCGGCAUCUAACCGAUCGAGAGCGAUAGAGCCCGGACGCCGGGCGAAGAAGAACCAAUCGGAGCGGAGAACGGCGGGCUGCCGACGAGGCAUGCGCGGCUACAAGAGGAGCCGCGCCCCUGUUGGGGAUCUGCUGUACCGGAGAGCUCGCUCCUUGUCUGAUUAUGAAAAUGCCAACAAAGCCCUGGACCGAGCCCGCAUGAAGAACAGGGAUGUGAAACACGCUGAGGCGAAUCAGCAACGCUGCUGCCAGAAAUUUGAAAAACUUUCUGAAUCAGCCAAGCAAGAACUCUCAGACUUUAAAAUUCGAAGAGUGUCUGCCUUUCGGAAGAACAUGAUUGAGAUGACGGAGCUGGAGCUGAAACAUGCAAAGGCCAACCUAUUACUACUAAGGAACUGCUUGAGUUCCCUGCGAGGGGAACAGUAGGAUUAUUCUCUGCUUCACUACACAGCAUCUGGAGACGACCAUCUGUUUGGGCCAAUGCACAAACAUACCUUUUUUCUGUUUUUGUUUUUAUUUUUGUUCAUCAUGUUUUUAUCAUUGUUGACCACUGAGAACAUGAAUCAGGGUGGGGCUAGCUGUGGGUUUCUGCCCCAGGUGGGUGGGGGGGGGUCAGUCUCCCUCCAUGUGAACCUGGCACCUUGGGUGGGUAAGGGUUGGUGUUUGAAAGUCCCUGCAGUGUCCCCCUCUGCCUGCCACCACUUACGUUUUUUUUUUGGCCAAUGGGUUGAUUUGCAGGCUGGCUAGUGAAAGACCUGCCUGAAUAGAAAUGGCUAGGUCAAUGUUUUCCUGUCCCUGAGGCCCCCUCUGACUUGCCAAGCCCUAGCCACCUGAUUGGCGCUGGUAUACCUGAUGCCAGGGACCACUAGAGUGUGUCUUGAGGAUCUGGAUAGCUAAUAAGUCAGCACUCCUACAUACAGAUGUGCGCACAUCCAUCCAGGCUAAUAAUCGUGACCCUUCCCAGCACCUGGCCUGCCCUUACGGACUGAUGUAGUCUGAUGGUAAUGUGAGUAGACUGCGCUAACCAAUUUUGACAUCGUAACCAUCAACUCCCUUUUUAAUGUUACUAAAUCACUGGAGAGGGCACUUGUAGACUGGGACAGUGUAAAGGGAGCUUUAUAUUGAACUUCCGUCCUGCGAGUGUUUGGGGAAACAGUGUAGAGAGUGCCUCGUUCUGUAUCUAACCCUGGUGCUGCCCCUGUCUAGGGAGUGUUUGGUGGAACGUGUUCCAUUUUGUGACAUUGAUAUCCACUCACUGUGAAACCACUGUGGAGCUGAGGGGAGAGCUCAGCGGGCACUGAGCUAAUAUUGUCUACCAGCUGGACACACAGAUAUUACAAAAAGUAUUCUGAAUUCUCAAUACUCCUUGUUUUUGUGUUCAGCUGUACAAAUAGGAGUCCUGAGUGGCUUCUCUCCAUUUUCCUCAAUUGCUUGUUCAGUUUUGAGUAACCAGCCUUUGGUUCAUGUCUAGUCAUGCUCAAUAAAAUUACUGAAUUGAGUUGGAUGUAUAAAUAAGUGCACCAAAGUAUGAAAGCAUCAAAUUUACUUGUGUUAAAUGUCAAACAUGAAUUAUUCAGAAUGUCUGUGAGUGUCUUGUGGCCUCUAUAGGGAGUGAGCAAUGUCCAGCUCAAGUUGGGGUACAGUCAUGUUGUGACACAAGCCCCUAAGAUGCUGUUUGUACUUUUUUUUUUUCCCUCUUCGGGGGGUGGAAAAUGUCAUUGUUUGAAGUCCUAAUUUAAGCAAAUCUUUCAGCAGCUUCCCUUUUUAAAGUUCCAGACUUCAAUCUUUGUAAAUAAAAUUUUGAGCAGAAAAUCUGA